UUAUUAAAAAAAGUAUUAAAACAUGCCUAUUAGAAUAGAACCAAAUAAAAUAAGUGAAGUAUUCCAUGCUGUUCAAUACAAUCGUACAUGUCACCAAAAUUAUAUGAAAAAAUUAAGAAAGUACUAUGACAAAAUGGAUUUUAAAUAUUUUGUACGUGAGUUCAUAUCUAACCUUACUAUUCCUUUAACUUAUAUUGAAAAACAUCCCAAUGUUGAAAAUACAUUACAAUUUGCUGCUAAGUUUGCAAUAAGCUUGCAACCACAAAGUGAUAAUGAAGAAGAAUAUGAAGAAGUGUGUGCAUUUCUUGAACAAAUUUUUAUUUUUCUAUUAACUCACCAUGGUGCAAAGGAUGUAGCGGUCAGAUUUCGAGUAUGUUAUUUUCUAAAUAUGAUAUUGGAUACAAUGGGUGAUAAUGCCACUAUUGAAGAUGAAUUAUGUAACAGAAUUUUACAAUGUAUGAUGGAAAGAAUUUUGGAUAAAUCACCAAAAGUUAGGGCACAAGCUGCUAUUGCCCUUAAUAGAUUACAAGAACCAAAUAAUAAAGCAUGUUCUGUUAUAAGUGUAUAUUUAUUUCACUUGUCUAGAGAUCCUAGUGCAGAAGUAAGAAGAGUAAUUUUGACAAAAAUGGCUAAAAAUAAAAUAACUUUAAAUGCAGCUAUAAAUAGAACAAGAGAUGUUGAUGAUUCUGUUCGUAAAAUGGCUUACUUAUUUAUCAGUAAAAUAACAGUUAAGUCAUUGACAAUAUCCCAAAGAGAACAAUUAAUAAACAAUGGUUUAAGAGAUAGAUCUGACAUGAUUAAAAAGUGUGUAAGAGAAAUACUGAUACCAUCCUGGCUUCGCUAUUAUGAUAAAAAUUAUAUUAAUUUUAUAAAGGCUAUAGAUGCUGAACAUGCAGCUGAAACAACCGCUUUAGCCUUAAGUUGUUUAUUUAAGAAUGAAGAUAUUGGAAAUUUAAUAGAACAAUUACCAAUAGAUAAAACAAAAUUUGUUCCUAUUGAACAAUUGAGUAGCGAAAUCAUUCUAUAUUGGCGUUGUUUAGUUGAGUUUUUAAAGAAUGAAAAUUACAUAGAUGAGUUUGAUCAAAUUAUGCCUGAAUUAUCUUUAUUUUGUAGUUAUAUUAAGGACUUUAUUACAUUAAUUGACACAAGAACAAAUAAACAAUAUGAACAUAUUACUCAACAAUUUAUUUUGCAUCAACUAUUUGAAAUGGUUAAACUCCAUGAUUUGUCUGAUGAAAUGGGGAGAAAAAAUUUAAAAGAAUUAAUCUUAGAUACUUUACAAACUCAUUAUUGUUCAGAGAAAAUAAAUGAAUGUAUUGUAAAGUAUUUUGACAAGGUAGUUCCAGAUGUAACAGAUAGAGUCGCUCUAUUAGUGGAAGUUAUUAAUGAGAUAAGAAUGCCAACAAAGAUUAAUGCUAUUGUACCAAUGUCAGAUGAUGAACGGCAUGAAAGAAAAAUGAUGAAAGCAAAACUUGGAAUGCAAUUAUUAGAACUUGAAGAUGAUGAAUAUUCUGCAAUACAGCGUAAAGAUUAUUCAACUGCACAAGCAAUAAGUAUAAAGGUAGCAUCUUUAAGAGCAGAAAUAGAAAAUUUAUCAAAGGAACCUGAAGUAACAGAAACGCAAAAUCCUUGUGAAGAAAAAACCGAUCCUGAGACAGUAAUGCAGUGCUUACAAAUUAUGUAUUACAUGAUGCAAUCUAUUACAAUAACAAUUUUAACACCAGCAUUAAGAACGUUAAUGGAUAGUAUUGCAUUGCCAUAUAUCAAUCUUCAAAACAAUCAUGAUAGAGUAUUAAGCUUAGCUUUAAAAUGUGUUGGUCUUUGUUGUCAUGUAGAUAAAGACUUAGCUAAAAAAUAUUUCAUGAUGUAUUUUUUAUAUAUUUCUGAAUCUGGUAAUGAGGAUGUAUGGAUAGCUGCAACUGAAGUAAUUUUUGAUUUAUUAUUGAAGUAUGGUUUUGAACAUUUUGACAUAACUCAAGAAGAUAGUAAUAAUAUUCAAUUUAAUAGCAGUAAAAGGAGUCGGUCUGUACGUUUGUAUUCUCAUAAUGAUGAGGAUAUUAACGUUAAUGAUAAACAAAUAAGCUAUACUGAUAGUAGUAACAAUGUUAUAAAAGCAUUAAUGGCGCUGUUAGAUAGUCAGAUUGUGAAUCUUCAAUCUGUUGCUACUGAAGGUCUUUGUAAGUUAAUUUUGCAUAAACGAAUAAGUGGUCAUCAUUUAAUAUCACAAUUAUUAAUUUUAUGGCACAGUCAAGCUGCAAAAGAAAAUCCAUUUUUGAGUCAAUGUCUUUGCAAUUUUUUUAAUCUCUACAUUAGUAAAGUAUCUGAAAGCCAAGCCAUUUUGGAGGAAGCAUAUCUCCCAACAUUGAAAACAUUAGCUAAUGCACCAGAAAUGAGCACUUUGCAAGAAAUUGAUGUUCUCAGAGUUAGUGAAGUAAUUAUUAGUCUUACAUGCUGUGCAAUUCAUAAUAAUUACAGCAUACAUAACCAACUUACAUAUACAAUAUUAAGCGAAAUAUUGAAUCCUGAUACUGAAAUUUUAAUAGAAGUACUCAUAAAAUCUUUAAAAAUGUUAGAUGUUCAAUUGGAUGGAGAAAAUUUGAAAAAUGAUAUUUUAAAAGCCUUAGAUGAUGUUGAAGUUAUGUUAAAUACAUCUGGAGAAAAACGUCUUCUUAAUCAUAUUAAUCAAUUUAGAGCAAAAAUUACAACUCCUAAAAUUAAUUUGUCAAUAGACAAAGAAAAUUUAGAUAAUCAAAGCAACUUGGGUAGCCAAGAUGAAAAUAUUGAAAACGUUGAUGAACAAGAAGAUGAAAAUGAAGAUGAAAUAGAAAUUGAAAAUGAUAUAGAUAUUUGAUAUUGACAAGUUAUGUAAGUUUAUAAUGCUUUUAAUUCAGAUGCUUAAUAUAUAUUUUUUUAUAAUUAAAAAGCAUUCAAAUUAAAGAC